AUGAGGGCUUCGGCGUUUCUAGCCGCUGCGUUGGCAACCGCCGCCGCAACCAACAAAUGUUGCGAGCAAAUACAUCAUGUCCUCCCCCAAAAGACAAGUUUCCCAACCUCCUCGACCUACAACGCCACCGAAGCAGCAUACUUCUCCCUCCAGGAAUCGGACCUCAAGCCAUCAUGCAUAAUCCAUCCCACCACCACACAAGACGUCUCACUCGCCAUGGCCAUCAUCUCCAAGAACCCGCAGUGUCUCUUCGCCAUCAAAGGUCGGGGACACACCCCCGCCGCUGGGUUUGCCAACGUCCAAGGCGGAGUGACCAUUGACAUGACAGGUCUGUCUGCCAUUUCCGUAUCCGCAGAUCACUCAAUCGCCCACGUAGGAGCAGGCGCCUCCUGGCUAGGCGUAUAUAAAUUCCUCAAGCCGUUGAACCUGGCCGUUGCGGGUGGCAGAAACGGCAACGUUGGUGUGGGAGGGUUAUUGCUGGGCGGUGGUAUUUCCCACUUCACAACCCGCGUUGGCUGGGCUUGCGACAAUGUCGUCAACUAUGAAGUCGUUCUCUCCGGUGGUCAAAUUAUCCAGGCAAACGCAUCUUCACACCCGGACUUAUACCAAGCCCUCCGAGGCGGCAGCAACAACUUCGGCAUCGUAACACGCUUCGAUCUCAAAGCCUUCUCGCAGGGCAACAUAUCCGUAACAAGUCUCGUCAACGACAUUUCUUACGUGGCCCCCGUUUUCGAAGCUUUUACAGACAUCGUCACAUCUACCCCCUUCGACAAAGACACCUCCCUCGUAACCGGUCUCCUCUUCAACUCAACGUCAAAGGCAUGGACGCUUACAAACUCAGCCGUGUAUGCCAAGGCCGAUACGAAUCCAGCCGUUUUUAAAAACCUAUCCGCCAUUCCGAGUGUCUCCCAUAAAAACCAGAUCACGACAUUGGCACAGUUUGCGGAUGAGAAAGCAACUCCCCCCUUAAACUGGGUAUUUUCAACAGCCACUUUUAAACCCUCGAGCCAGUUCAUGGUUGAACUGUUUGAUAUUUUGAAUACAACCUUGUAUGGCUUCAAUCCCGCCGGUGGAGUUGUAUGGAGCGUUGCUCUUGAGCCGCUCGCUGGAGAUAUGCUCUCAACUGGGUCGACAUUGGGCAUGAAGGCCACUGAAAGAGGAUACAGCAAGUCCAUUCGAUCCUGA